AUGCCUGCUCUUCGGAAAAUCCGUCCCCCUUAUCCAGCCCUCAAUUCCCUCACCCAACACGCCCUGAUCCCCCUGUCCUCGCAGGUGCUCCAGUCGCGUCUGACUAUAGCGGGGACAGAUUCGUCCCCCGCCCACGUGGACUUUGAGUAUUCGGACUCGCUCUGUGGCACGGCAUGGCGGGACGACUACCUCCGCCUGCACUCCGCCAUUCGCGCCGCCAGUGCCGCCGCGUACACUCCCCCUCCCCCUCCCUCCCCCCCUCUCGCUCCCUCCUCCCGCCGAUUGCUCUCUCUCACAAAUUCCCCAUCACCGCUACCACCAACCGCAGCAGCAACAGCAGCAGCAGCAGCAGCAGCAGUCCCAGGCGCAACCCCGUCAAAUCAGACCCUCCCGGAUUCCUCUGUUCGCUUUCUCACAUUCGACCAAGUGGGGCACUGCGGGGGCUUCGGGGACUUUCUAGUGGGAAUCGUCUCCUCCUUUGUCGCCGCGCUCUUGGACCGCCGGGCGUUUGUGAUCCGCCAUGAUUGCAUACAGUACGCGUUUGAGCCCGCAUUCAUCGACUGGCGCCCGUCCCCUGAUGUUCCCAUGGAGCCUUCUCGUCGAACGAGUAACCUGAACGAGUCGUUUUCGCCGGGCGUGGUUCCGUUUCUGGAUUUGAACGGGAAUCGAGUGGAUGUGCAGCAGCUGGCGAAGUUUAAGGAUUUUCGGAACGUGAAGGUGCUGUGGAACCGCGGGAUACUGACGGAGAUGCUUACAAAGGGGACGGGCGAGUGGGCCGAUGCGUUCAGGGCGACCGGGCUGCGCCCACCGUACGCCUUCGGCUGCAUUCUCCGAUUCCUCGUCAGGUACGUUCUGCAUCGCAUUCAAGUACGCCUAUCCUAUGCCCCUCCCCCACCACCCUAUGCCCCUCCCCCACCACCCUAUGCCCCUCCCAACCACCCUAUGCCUCCUCCCCACGACCCUGCCCCCAGCCCACCACCAUAUGCCGCUCUCCACCACCCUAUUAUCCCGCCCCGACCCUCAGGCAGGCCCAGGAAGGAGGUAUGGCCGCUGGUGGCACGUCUGCUGCAGGAGAUGCGGGAGGCCCAGGAAGGAGGUGUGGCCGCUGGUGGCACGGCUGAUGCAGGAGAUGCGGGAGGUGCGAUGGUGGCGGUGGGGGUGCACGUGCCCAGGAAGGAGGUAUGGCCGCUGGUGGCGCGGCUGCUGCAGGAGAUGCGGGAGGUGCGGACGGUGGUGGUGGGGGUGCAUGUGCGGCUGAGCGACAGUGUGGUGCGGGACCCCCACGCCACCAGCAGCAGCGUCACCCCCGCCUCCAUGGCUGCUGCUAUGGCCCAAGCUGCUCCCAUCCUCGCCUGUGCCAAGGCAAGUGAGUGUGUUAAUUUGUGGCUGCUGCCAUCAUCUCACCAUCAUCUCACCAUCACCCCAUCACCCCACCAUCCAUCAUCUCACCAUCAUCUCACCAUGACCACACCAUCAUCUUCCAUCACCCCACCAUCACCCCACCAUCACCCCACCAUCACCCCACCAUCACCCCACCAUCACCCCACCAUCACCCCACCAUCACCCCACCAUCACCCCACCAUCAUCCCACCAUCACCCCACCAUCACCCCACCAUCACCCCACCAUCACCCCACCAUCACCCCACCAUCAUCCCACAUCAUCCCACCAUCAUCCCACCAUCACCCCACCAUCACCCCACCAUCACCCCACCAUCAUCCCACCAUCACCCCACCAUCACCCCACCAUCACCCCACCAUCAUCCCACCAUCAUCCCACAUCAUCCCACCAUCAUCCCACCAUCACCCCACCAUCAUCCCACCAUCAUCCCACCAUCAUCCCACCAUCAUCCCACCAUCAUCCCACCAUCAUCCCACCAUCAUCCCACCAUCAUCCCACCAUCAUCCCACCAUCAUCCCACCAUCAUCCCACCAUCAUCCCACCAUCAUCCCACCAUCAUCCCACCAUCAUCCCACCAUCAUCCCACCAUCAUCCCACCAUCAUCCCACCAUCAUCCCACCAUCAUCCCACAUCAUCCCACCAUCAUCCCACCAUCAUCCCACCAUCACCCCACCAUCAUCCCACCAUCAUCCCACCAUCAUCCCACCAUCAUCCCACAUCAUCCCACCAUCAUCCCACCAUCAUCCCACCAUCAUCCCACCAUCAUCCCACCAUCAUCCCACCAUCAUCCCACCAUCACCCCACCAUCAUCCCACCAUCAUCCCACGAUCAUCCCACGAUCAUCCCACGAUCAUCCCACGAUCAUCCCACCAUCAUCCCACAUCAUCCCACCAUCAUCCCACCAUCAUCCCACCAUCAUCCCACCAUCAUCCCACCAUCAUCCCACCAUCAUCCCACCAUCAUCCCACCAUCAUCCCACCAUCAUCCCACCAUCAUCCCACAUCCCCACCAUCAUCCCACCAUCAUCCCACCAUCAUCCCACCAUCACCCACCAUCAUCCCACCAUCAUCCCACCAUCAUCCCACCAUCAUCCCACAUCAUCCCACCAUCAUCCCACCAUCAUCCCACCAUCAUCCCACCAUCAUCCCACCAUCAUCCCACCAUCAUCCCACCAUCAUCCCACCAUCAUCCCACCAUCAUCCCACCAUCAUCCUACCAUCAUCCCACAUCAUCCCACAUCAUCCCACAUCAUCCCACCAUCAUCCCACCAUCAUCCCACCAUCAUCCCACAUCAUCCCACAUCAUCCCACCAUCAUCCCACCAUCAUCCCACCAUCAUCCCACCAUCAUCCCACCAUCAUCCCACCAUCAUCCUACCAUCAUCCCACAUCAUCCCACAUCAUCCCACAUCAUCCCACCAUCAUCCCACCAUCAUCCCACCAUCAUCCCACAUCAUCCCACAUCAUCCCACCAUCAUCCCACCAUCAUCCCACCAUCAUCCCACCAUCAUCCCACCAUCAUCCCACCCUCAUCCCACCAUCAUCACACCAUCACCCCACCAUCAUCCCACCAUCAUCCCACCAUCAUCCCACCAUCAUCCCACCAUCAUCCCACCAUCAUCCCACCAUCAUCCCACCAUCAUCCCACCAUCAUCCCACCAUCAUCCUACCAUCAUCCCACCAUCAUCCUACCAUCAUCCCACAUCAUCCCACAUCAUCCCACCAUCAUCCCACCAUCAUCCCACCAUCAUCCCACCAUCAUCCCACAUCAUCCCACAUCAUCCCACCAUCAUCCCACCAUCAUCCCACCAUCAUCCCACCAUCAUCCCACCAUCAUCCCACCCUCAUCCCACCAUCACCCCACCAUCAUCCCACAUCAUUCCACCAUCAUCCCACCAUCAUCCCACCAUCAUCCCACCAUCAUCCCACCAUCAUCCCACCAUCACCCCACCAUCAUCCCACCAUCAUCCCACCAUCAUCCCACCAUCAUCCCACAUCAUCCCACCAUCAUCCCACCAUCAUCCCACCAUCAUCCCACCAUCAUCCCACCAUCAUCCCACCAUCAUCCCACCAUCACCCCACCAUCAUCCCACCAUCAUCCCACGAUCAUCCCACGAUCAUCCCACCAUCAUCCCACCAUCAUCCCACCAUCAUCCCACAUCAUCCCACCAUCAUCCCACCAUCAUCCCACCAUCAUCCCACCAUCAUCCCACCAUCAUCCCACCAUCAUCCCACCAUCAUCCCACCAUCAUCCCACCAUCAUCCCACCAUCAUCCCACCAUCACCCCACCAUCAUCCCACCAUCAUCCCACCAUCAUCCCACCAUCAUCCCACAUCAUCCCACCAUCAUCCCACCAUCAUCCCACCAUCAUCCCACCAUCAUCCCACCAUCAUCCCACCAUCAUCCCACCAUCAUCCCACCAUCAUCCCACCAUCAUCCCACCAUCAUCCCACCAUCAUCCUACCAUCAUCCCACAUCAUCCCACAUCAUCCCACAUCAUCCCACCAUCAUCCCACCAUCAUCCCACCAUCAUCCCACAUCAUCCCACAUCAUCCCACCAUCAUCCCACCAUCAUCCCACCAUCAUCCCACCAUCAUCCCACCAUCAUCCCACCAUCAUCCUACCAUCAUCCCACAUCAUCCCACAUCAUCCCACAUCAUCCCACCAUCAUCCCACCAUCAUCCCACCAUCAUCCCACAUCAUCCCACAUCAUCCCACCAUCAUCCCACCAUCAUCCCACCAUCAUCCCACCAUCAUCCCACCAUCAUCCCACCCUCAUCCCACCAUCAUCACACCAUCACCCCACCAUCAUCCCACCAUCAUCCCACCAUCAUCCCACCAUCAUCCCACCAUCAUCCCACCAUCAUCCCACAUCAUCCCACAUCAUCCCACAUCAUCCCACCAUCAUCCCACCAUCAUCCCACCAUCAUCCCACCAUCAUCCCACCAUCAUCCCACCAUCAUCCCACCAUCAUCCCACCAUCAUCCCACCAUCAUCCUACCAUCAUCCCACCAUCAUCCUACCAUCAUCCCACAUCAUCCCACAUCAUCCCACCAUCAUCCCACCAUCAUCCCACCAUCAUCCCACCAUCAUCCCACAUCAUCCCACAUCAUCCCACCAUCAUCCCACCAUCAUCCCACCAUCAUCCCACCAUCAUCCCACCAUCAUCCCACCCUCAUCCCACCAUCACCCCACCAUCAUCCCACAUCAUUCCACCAUCAUCCCACCAUCAUCCCACCAUCAUCCCACCAUCAUCCCACCAUCAUCCCACCAUCAUCCCACCAUCAUCCCACCAUCAUCCCACCAUCAUCCCACCAUCAUCCCACAUCAUCCCACCAUCAUCCCACCAUCAUCCCACCAUCAUCCCACCAUCAUCCCACCAUCAUCCCACAUCAUCCCACCAUCAUCCCACCAUCAUCCCACCAUCAUCCCACCAUCAUCCCACCAUCAUCCCACCAUCAUCCCACAUCAUCCCACCAUCAUCCCACCAUCAUCCCACCAUCACCCCACCAUCAUCCCACCAUCAUCCCACCAUCAUCCCACCAUCAUCCCACAUCAUCCCACCAUCAUCCCACCAUCAUCCCACCAUCAUCCCACCAUCAUCCCACCAUCAUCCCACCAUCAUCCCACCAUCACCCCACCAUCAUCCCACCAUCAUCCCACCAUCAUCCCACCAUCAUCCCACCAUCAUCCCACCAUCAUCCCACAUCAUCCCACCAUCAUCCCACCAUCAUCCCACCAUCAUCCCACCAUCAUCCCACCAUCAUCCCACCAUCAUCCCACCAUCCCACCAUCAUCCCACCAUCAUCCCACCAUCAUCCCACCAUCAUCCCACAUCAUCCCACCAUCAUCCCACCAUCAUCCCACCAUCACCCAACCAUCAUCCCACCAUCAUCCCACCAUCAUCCCACCAUCAUCCCACCAUCAUCCCACCAUCAUCCCACCAUCAUCCCACCAUCAUCCCACCAUCAUCCCACCAUCAUCCCACCAUCAUCCCACCAUCAUCCCACCAUCAUCCCACCAUCAUCCCACCAUCAUCCCACCAUCAUCCUACCAUCAUCCCACAUCAUCCCACAUCAUCCCACCAUCAUCCCACCAUCAUCCCACCAUCAUCCCACCAUCAUCCCACAUCAUCCCACAUCAUCCCACCAUCAUCCCACCAUCAUCCCACCAUCAUCCCACCAUCAUCCCACCAUCAUCCCACCCUCAUCACACCAUCACCCCACCAUCAUCCCACAUCAUUCCACCAUCAUCCCACCAUCAUCCCACCAUCAUCCCACGAUCAUCCCACCAUCAUCCCACCAUCAUCCCACCAUCAUCCCACCAUCAUCCCACCAUGAUCCCACAUCAUCCCACCAUCAUCCCACCAUCAUCCCACCAUCAUCCCACCAUCAUCCCACCAUCAUCCCACAUCAUCCCACCAUCAUCCCACCAUCAUCCCACCAUCAUCCCACAUCAUCCCACCAUCAUCCCACCAUCAUCAUCCCACCAUCAUCCCACCAUCAUCCCACCAUUACCUCGUCAUCACCCCGCCCCCCCCUCCUUAUCCGCGCCAGGCAGUGGAGGACAUGUGGUACCCCCCGCCUCUCACUGUGCGAUGGAUGCUCAUCACCAACUCAAUUGACUUCAAAAUGGCCAUCCGCUCGCAUUUUCCCGGCAAGGUGGGUGGCUCUGCUCUCUGCAAAUGCUGCGUUGGAUUCUCGUAGAAGUUCAUAA